AAAAGAAAAAAUUUUCUCUUUGAGAUAAUAUUUCAAAAUUUGUCGUUUGCCAGUCCGUUCGCAAUUGAACGAAUUUAAUCUGUUUCAAUCUCGAAAUGGCUACCUUUUUCACAACUAAUUCAAAUUUAUGGGAUUUCGAAUCGGUGGAUUUACGAUUAGGACGAUUUGAAAGUAGACCGUUCAAUGGUGGACAAGCAACGUCCUCGAAUAAAUUUAAAGGUGAAAUAAGUGUCAUUGAAAAAUCGAAAAAUAACAAUCAGUCUAAUCGUCAAGUUGAUAAGAAAAUAUUGUCGACGAGGAAAAAGGGUAUGAAUUAUUUUUUAAAUAAACCAUCGUCGCCAAUGAUCUCGAUGAAAGGUUUCAAGAAUAUUUCGAACAACAAGGACAAUUCUUGCAGAGUAAAGACGUCGGCGUUACUCUACGAGAUAACAGAUCGUAUAAAUCAAUUGGCACAACCGCGCAUACGAUCGAAUGUAUACGAUUUAACUGAAAAUCGUGCAAGUGUUAAUAAAAUUCCAAAGGCAACGCCAAGAAUUCUCGAACUUUCAAAACCAAAAACAAUUUAUAAGCCACCAUCUAAAUUAUUUCAUUAUGUCGCACCGGCUGCUUUAUCGGCAAUUCCCACCGAUCGUAUAAUAGAAUUAUCGAGACCGAAGAAAAAUCAAAAGAAGACGUUUAUGAGAAAGAAAAAAUUAAUUUAUGCCCCAUGUAAUUCGAGGAUAUUGUAUUUGGCACGUGCAAAAAGUUCGAAAUUCGAUAUCGAUGAUUUUGGAAGAACGUCAUCGAGACAUAGAAAAUUCAGGAUGGAAAAAGAAAAAUCGAAGAAGAAGCAAGGCUUGAGAAAAUGUACGAAGGAACUUAUUUAUAAUACGAAUCGUUUGAAUAAGAACGUAAGAUGGGAAAGGAUGAGGAAAAAGAGGAAGAGAAAAGAAAAAAGAUGUAGGAGAGGUUUAGCUAGACAGGAUCCAAGAUCUUCGAACUCGAAUAGAACGGUCAUUUCUAUCAACCAGGAUUAUGAUCCCACUGUAAUUAUACCGAGGAAAAGCAAAUCAAAAAAGAGGAAACAAAAAGACAAAAUGAAAGCAAACAAGAAAGGAAACUUUCUUAAUGUAGGUUUAAAGAGAAAUGUGGGAUUUUUCUAAUAAUUAAA